AUGUUCCGACAUUCCACCGACACGGAGCUCGUCGUCCUGGUGGGAAAUCAUGACAUCGGAUUCCACUACGAAAUGGACUGGUUCAAACUUCAGAGGUUCGAGAAAGUCUUCAACGCUUCGUCCACGAGGAUCGUCACCAAAAAAGGAGUCAACUUCCUCCUGGUGAACAGUGUGGCUCUUCAUGGAGACGGGUGUCCCAUCUGUCAGUCUGUGGAGAAGGAGCUGCUCCGACUGUCCAAGGACCUCAACUGUUCUCUGCAGCAUUACCCCCUGUACAGAGUGAGUGAUGCCAGCUGCACGGGUCAGGACGCUGCUCCAGCUGAAGAGCGCCACCUGCUGUUCAGAGAGAAGUAUGACGUCCUGUCCAAGGAGGCCUCACAGAGGCUGCUGCAGUGGUUCCGGCCGCGCCUCAUCCUCAGCGGUCACACACACAGCGGAUGUGAGGUUCUUCACGAGAACAAGUUUGUGGAGAUCAGUGUCCCGUCCUUCAGCUGGAGGAACCGCAACAACCCCAGCUUCAUCCUGGCCUCGGUGACCUCCCAGCACCACUCUCUGUCUAAGUGCUUUCUGCCCGAGGAGAGCACAGUGAUCGGAGUGUACUGCUCUGCUGGGACCUGCCUCCUGCUGCUGCUGCUGCUGCACUGUCUCUGCCUCAAAGGACUGCUCCAGUGCCUCAGCCUGUGUCUCCUGGGUAAACACAAGUCCCUCUGA